AUGGCAACUCAAAUUGGAUCAUGUGGUACCUCAGUUGGCAUGCUUUUAUUUCCCCUAAUAAUUGCAUGGCUUCUGGAAACAUUCACUGUCCCAGGGUACUAUUUGAUCCUUGGUGGAAUCUAUUUAAACCUCCUCAUUGCUGGAGCCCUCAUGCAUACACCAAAGUCAAAAGAGGCCAAAAUCAUCGCCGAGAAAAAGGAAGAAAAACUCAUUGCAAACCAAGAAGAGAUGGAAGAAAACCAGACAACUGCUCAAUUUGACAGUAAGAUCUUCUCCCUCCCUGAGUUGUACCUGUACUUGCUCGCUCAAGCGAUCCUGAAUGGUGGAUAUUUUGCUGGAGUCCUCUAUGUCUCCCCCUUUUCCCAAAGUGCUUAUUCCCUGACUCCAGUUACUGCUGCAUCGAUGAUUACUAUCAUGGGCGCUUCCGAACUCGCCUGCAGAAUCCCGAUCGGGAUUUUAUCAGAUAGGGACUGGAUGAAUCGUCAUUAUUUCCUCUGCUUCAAUUGCCUCAACUUGUCCCUAUCAUUCUUUCUACUACCUCUUAUGCCUUCAAAUAUUCAUUUUGCCUUCGUUUGUAUCUAUUCUGGAGCUUUUCAAGGUGGCUGGGGAGGACUUUCUUUUGUAACACUGUCCGAUUUCCUGAAAGUGGUGAAGCUGGAGGGCCAAUUAAUGAGCUGUGUUGGAUUGAGCACUGCUUUUAAUGGAAUCAGCUGUAUGAUUGUGUCUGUUGGAAUGGGUCAAAUUGUCCAGUCAACCGGUAGCUACAUUCUGCCUUUCUACAUCGGUGGAGCUAUGGUCGCCUUAGCUGGAUUGCUUUCUGGUCUCAUUGGAAUCAUUUCUUCAAGAAGAACAGCGAAUGGAUUGUAA